AUGUCCAUCACUGGGCAGUCCGAUGUCGACAUGGAAUCGUCGUCGGCGUUUUCGCCGUCUGAACCGGCUGUCGAUGAGAUUUUCAAAGAUGACGUCGAUGCCCUGCUAUCCGGCCGAACUCCACAACAUGAACAACCGGCACUUAUCCAGAGAAUACUGCACACAAGCGAAAACCUGUACGUUGUAUUUGAAGACGAAAAGCAGCAUUUGAUGGGCGACGUCCUCCUCUCAUGGGCAAUGAAGCAACAAAGGGUAAGCAUCGGCACGUUAUGGACGCAACAACUUCACUAUAAGCAACUGGACGUGAUUCACCUACAGUUCGAGUACUUCGGCGAAUUGCUGCAGCAAACGUUAUCUGGGCUCACUUACUUGAAGCAGUACUUUCCCAGCCCCUCAUUUGAUGAGGCAUACAAUCGAUUCUGCAGUAUGGCACAUUACUUUCUCUACUAUUCGGUGAUUGUAAGUCGUCAGCCGCCGUCUGUUGUCGUCAAAUGCGGUGAAGCGGAAAAUCAUCGGCGGAGUCGAUUCUGGUUCAACACGGAAAUAAGGUCCUAA